UAUAUAUAGAAGGCAGUUAACUACAUUAAUAAAGAAGAUAAGAAAUGGAGCAUAGAAGCAGCUGGUCGUCCGUCAUCCUUUAUUCAAUCGCCAUUCUCAUAAUUUCUUGCGGUUUCUUCUUCCAAUCAUCUUACGCAGUGCAAACUUGCUACAGCAAAAGUGUGACCCAGGUUGGCUCUGAAGGUGAACGUGUUACUGAAUAUUACACGAGUUGUAGUACUUCUCAUGGAUCAGGCCCGGCUCCUUCAUCGGGCGGUAACCCACCAACUCCAUCUCGUCCAAACGGUCCAAUAGUUCCAGCCGCUCCGAUACUUCAACCCCCUCCGGUUUUUCAACCUGCUCCAUUAUUUCCACCCGCUCCAAUACUUCGACCCGGUCCGCUUUUUCCAUCUCCUCCAGUAUUUCAACCCGGUCCAGUAUUUCCCCCGCCGACUCCACCAUUUCCAGGUGGCAAUUAAGCAAAUUAUAUGUGUAUCUUGCUUGCAUGCAUGCAGUGUGGUUGUAAUCAUGAA